CCAUGUAUACCAUUUACAAAUAAGAUGACACAUGGGUGACGUAACAUGCUAAAUCUAAAUGAGGUAGUGAAGAGCAAAAAGGGCUCCUCUUGAUCGGUUCUCCUUGUUCUUCAAGUUAGACACGCUAACAUAAAAUUCUUUUCUCAAACAUCCUAUGAUUUCCCUUUUUCUGAGUAUUGUUAUUCAGAUUGGAAAAGGAGAAGGGGUGGGAGAGAAAAUUAAUGUACAUAUAAGAAAAGGAACAAGCACAUGUAACGUGAAACAUUAAGUGUAACAUAUAUAAGCAUAAAAAUGUGGGUGUUUUAUAUGUUCUCAUUGCCCGUGACUGUGGGCAUGGUGAUUGUUACAUUGAAAUAUUUCUCUGGACCUGAUGUGCCCAAAUAUGUGUUCUUCACCGUUGCAUACACCUGGUUUUGCUCCCUUUCCAUCAUCAUCCUUGUCCCUGCUGAUAUAUGGACGGCACUAAAUAAUGAUGAAAAUGGAGCAAUUUCUUUCUUGUGGAGUUUAUCAUAUUGGAGUACCUUCUUACUUACAUGGGCUGUGGUUCCCACUAUUCAGGGUUAUGAAGAUGCCGGAGACUUUACAGUGAGAGAAAGAUUGAAGACCAGCUUACACGGAAACCUUGUUUUCUAUCUGUGUGUCGGUUCUGUAGCACUCUUUGGAGUGAUAUUACUAAUUUCUUUACACAAAAAUUAUUGGAGCGGUAAUGUUACGGGUUUUGCCAUGGCUUGCUCCAAUACAUUUGGACUGGUUACCGGUGCUUUUCUACUUGGAUUUGGUUUGAGUGAAAUUCCAAAGGGCAUUUGGUUACAUGCAGAUUGGAACAUUCAGCAAAAAGUUUUUUCACAUACAGUUUCAAAAAUGGCUGUCAAAUUAGAUGAUGCUCAUCAGGAUUUUUCAAAUGCUAUUGUUAUCACACAGGCAACAUCAAAGCAAAUGUCCAAGCGGGAUUCUUUGAGACCCUACAUGAAUAUAAUUGACAAAAUUUUGCUUCAGAUGUUGAAGGAAGACCCCUCCUUCAAACCACAGGGUGGAAGACUAGGAGAAAGUGACAUGGAUUAUGAUACAGAUGAGAAAUCUAUGGCAUCACUAAGACGCCGUCUUAAGAGAGCUCGUGACAAGUACUAUCGAUAUAGAAGUGAAUAUACAAAUUUUGUCCUUGGGGCCCUUGAGCUGGAGGAUUCCAUAAAGAAUUAUGAUCGUCGUGAUGCUAUAGGAUGGAAAUAUAUUUCAUGCUUGAGGCCUGAACGCAUGGGCAAAGUAGGUGCAUUUUUGGAUACAAUUGAGUUUCUAUGGCGAUGUAUAUUAUGUAAACAGCUUGAGAAAGCAUUGGCUGUCAUUUUGGGCUGCAUGUCAUUUGCUAUUUUAUUAGCAGAGGCUACCAUACUAACCAGUGGAGUGGAUUUAUCCGUUUUUUCUAUCCUUGUACAUGCUGCAGGACAGCAAGAGGGGCUUGUACAGUUAGCUGCUUUCAUCCCCUUGAUGUACAUGUGUAUUUGUACAUACUAUUCCUUGUUUAAAAUGGGAAUGAUGAUGUUUUACUCACUAACACCAAGACAAACAAGCUCAGUAAGCUUGCUUAUGAUAUGCUCGAUGGUUGCAAGAUAUGCAGCACCCAUUUCGUACAACUUUCUCAAUCUCAUUAAUAUUGGUGGGGGUAGAAAAACCAUUUUUGAAAAAGUAUUUUACUACUUACUGAAAAUGGGAAAAAUCAAUGACGCUGUUCCCUUUUUUGGAAAAGGAUUCAACAAAAUUUACCCCCUCAUCAUGGUUAUAUACACAUCACUAAUAGCAGCCAAUAUUUUUAACCGGGUCAUCCAGUACUGUGGGAAUUGGAAAAUAUUCAAGUUGAAGGAUGAUGCAGAAGAUAUGGAUGGAUUUGACCCAUCUGGAGUAAUAAUCCUGCAGAGAGAACGUUCUCUUCUCCAGCAAGGGCACAAAGUUGGUGAACUUGUUUUUCCUUUGGCAAGGAGUUUCAGCAUGAGUAUCGAUCUUGAGUCCACCAACAAGGGUCUAAAUGAGAGAGCCACUGGAAGUGAUACUAUCGACAUAGUUGAGGAGAAAAAUGAAGGCACCAAGAAUGAGAUGAGCAAAAAAUUUGGCAGCAGAAAGUAUUCAGCCUUAAGGACAAACCUCAAUGAAGAGGUGUCUAGCAGUGAUUUGACCCAGGAAAGUGUUUCUUCCUCCUUGGCAAGUGAUUCUAAUAAUUCUCAGAACACAAGCUCAGCAUCAUCAUCGGUAUUAGCUUCGAAAUGGGAAUCAAUGAUGCAUGGAUUUAAAGGUUUAAGAUCUAAAGUUGACUCCAAGGGAUUCCUCCCUCUUAGUAAUGCUCAUGGUUCAACUCCAAACUCAAACUCUUCAUUUGAAUCCCUUGAUGAUAUUUUUGAGAGAUUGAAACGUCCUCCUUCAGAAUAUAGAGAUUCUGGGGACUGAAAUGAUCAGAGUGAACUUCUGGGAAUUGGCAUUUGCAAGAUAUACAUAUCUUAUUGUUAUAUAGAGAUAAUUAAUCAGCAAAUUUUCUCCUCUGAAAGAAGUGUGCCCUGGGGAUAGAUUUAUGCUGAACUACAUGAGCAGAUAUCAAAUUGUGAUGAUCAAUGAUCAUCAAGAGACAUUUGGUAUUUGUUGGUUCUGCAAAACAAAAUGCAUAGAAUAUGGAGACUUAGUUUGAAGAAAAUGCUAUAGGAAUACACCUAGCAUGUAAUAGUAACUCUAUUUAAGCAGCCAUUCUGCUUAUAAAUUUUGUUUAUAAUGAGA